AUGGGGGAGAGCAUUACCACAUUGGCGGUGGCAGAGCAUUCAAAGGAGAUAGAGGCGAUGACCCCUGAGUUUAUCAAGAUCGGGGGACUGGCGGCCGUCCAAUUCUUCCUGGCCUUCGGUUGGCAAAGUUGCUUGGCCUGGGCCGCCGCCAAGCAAGCCCUCCGCUGGCACCGCAGGUUCGUGGAAGUGCUACUUUCCUUAGACGUUUCCUGGUACGAUGAGCACGACCCGGCGGGAGUCGCAUCCAAGCUGGAGAGCGAUUCCGCGAACGUUUACCUUUUUAUGUCGUCAGCCCUGGGGUUCCUGAUAUCGAACUUUGCCCAGUUCGUGGCUGGCCUGCUGCUGGCGGUCUAUGAAGGCUGGCAGCUGGCCUUCGUCGUCUGCGCCGCGAUGCCCAUCUUGAUGUGUGCUGGCCAUCGCAUGGGAAAGGAGAUCUCGCAUUACACUGAGGUGCAGCAGACCAACUUUGGUCGGGCAUCUGCAGUAGCAGAGGAGGCGCUCAUGGCAAUCCGCAGCGUCGCAGCAUUUGGUGGCGAGGCGGUGGAGGUCGCUAGGUUCGAAAAGGAACUGAUACCGGCCAAGAUUGGUGGCAUCCGCUCUGGUACCAAGAUCGGUGCUGCAUGGGGUGUUCUCAAUGUCUUCUACCCAUGCUUGUACUCGCUGGCUCUCUGGUUUGGUGGCCAUGUCCUCAUGUCUGAGGAGAAUGCUGGCUUCGAGCCCGCACGCAUCAUCACGGUCAUGCUUUCCCUUAUGGUCGGUGUUUCAGCCCUCAGCGAGUUUAGUGGCUUUGUUCCUGUGAUGGCCAGAGCUGCUGUUUCUGCAAAAGCAAUGAAGCAGGUCAUGGUCAUUCGUCAUGAGGCCUCGGAGGCUGGUGAGUCGGCUUGUGGGCCACUGCCAGCAGAGCUUCCUGCGAACCUGACCGAGGUGGACAUCAUCGAGUUUCGAAAGGUGGGCUUCAGGUAUCCGGCAAGGCUUGACAAGUGGGUUCUUCACAGCUUCAGCUUUCGGGCGGAGAAGGGUCAGAAGGUUGCGCUUGUUGGGGAGAGUGGCUGUGGCAAGAGUACCACCAUCCAGCUCCUUGAGCGGUUCUACGAUCCGAGUGCAGGUGAGGUCUUGGUGAAUGGAACUCCCCUGAGUCUGGUACCGACAAAGGCUUGGCGCAAACUUGUUGGCUACGUUGGCCAGGAGCCUGUUCUUUUCGCCACGAGCAUCAUGAGAAACCUCAAGGCCUUGGACAGCUCCGUUUCCGAUGAGCAGGCGAUUCAAGCAGCUAAGGUGGCGCAAAUCUAUGACACCGUAAUGCAGCUCCCAGACGGCCUGGACACAUGUGUCGGCGCAGGCGGUGGCCUGCUGUCUGGAGGACAGCGGCAGCGCGUUGCCAUCGCGCGUGCCCUGGCAAAGAAUCCGCAGGUCUUGCUCUUAGACGAGGCAACCUCGGCUUUGGACAACGAGUCCGAGCGCAUGGUGCAGGCAACCCUCGAAUCUGCUAAUGCCGCCAUGGGACGCAACAUCACUACAAUAUCUGUGGCCCACAGGUUGUCAACCAUCAAAGAUUCGGACAUUAUCUACGUGCUCAACGAUGGUUACUGCUGCGAGCAGGGCAACCACGAGCAGUUGAUGGAAAAGAAGGGCCAGUACCACAACAUGGUGAAAUUGCAGCAGGCCAGUAGUGAGGACACGAAGCAGCAAGAGGAACAAAGCGACGAGGACACUUCCAUUGAGGAAGAUGAUGAUGAACGAGGCAAGUUGGCCACCGCAGCGUCCUUUGCCAGCAGCCUCGGCCUCGAGAUGCGGAAAACGAGCUAUGGCGGUGCAACAGCGGAUGCCGGCAGUCCUGCAGUGUUUUGCCGCCUUUUGCGCAUGAUGGGUCGCUACCGCUGGGUCUGGCCAGUGAGUGUCGUCAUCGUCCUGGCGGGAGCAGCGAGCAUGCCGCUGGAAGCUGUCUUCUUCAAUGCGGCCGUCGUAUCCCUAUCCGAAGCCGCCCUCGGCGACUUCGAGGCAAUGUAUGAAAAGCUGGACAGUGCCGUUCUCUGUCUUUCAAUCGUCGGUUUGGGCUCGGGAAUCGCGGUGUUCGCGCAGAACUACCUUUUUUCUUACAAGCAGGAAAGCUUGUGCAUGAUCUUGCGCAAGGCAGCCUUUGCCAGGACUGUCUGCAUGGAUAUGUCCUUCUUCGAUGCCCCAGAGAACCAGACCGGGAGCAUCUUGGUGUCUUUGCAGAUGCACAUGAAUCGGGUGGGACAGAUGCUGGGCAUUCAGCUUGGAAACUCCUGUGCAGCAGUCUUUACCUGUGUCUUGAGCGUCUCCUUCAGUUUCUUCGGCUGCUGGGAGCUCUCCGCUGUCCUCUUCGGCCUGAUGCCUCUGUGCGGCCUCCUUGCCCUCACAGUGGCCGCCUGCGUGGCCCGAAGAGAUCCUGAGAGGAUGGAAGCCUACGGCAAAGCUGGCAAAGCUACGUCAGAGGCCGUGACCUCCAUUCGCACUGUGAAAGCGAUCGGAGCAGAAGAACACAUCAUGGAAGUCAUAGACGAGUCCUUGGAUAAGCUGACAGAACUUAGUACUGCGAAGUCUUGGAGGCUGGGUCUGUCUCUGGGCCUGAACUUGGCUCUCGUGCAGCUGAUCUUCCUGGCAGGCUUUGGCAUGAGUGCCGUCUGCAUUCAGUACUGGGGCUUCGACGCCGGCCAAGUCCUGAUGUCUCUGUUUUGUGUGGUGUUUGGUGUGAUGUCGAUCACCUCCAUUGUGCAGCACAUUCCAGAUGCUGCAUCUGGCCGAAUUGCGGCCAUGGAGGUUUUCCGUCUCGUCGAUCAAGUCUCCAAGAUCGAUGCUACGCAACCCACAGGACAUAUCCAAGACCUUGGGGAUGGGUCCAUUGAGUUCAAGGAUGUGCGCUUCUGGUAUCCGCACCGUGCCGAGGUCCGGGUACUGAAGCAUGUCACCUUCACCAUUGCGAAGGGCCAGUCUGUUGCCUUCGUAGGCUCCUCAGGGAGCGGCAAGUCCACGAUCCUUCAGCUGCUGCAGCGCUUCUAUGAUCCUCAGAGCGGCUCCAUCCGCAUCGGAGGCCAUGAGCUGAAGGACCUGAAUGUGGCUUGGUGGCGUCGGCAGGUCGGCAUGGUUAGCCAGGAUCCUGUGCUCUUCGACUUGUCCCUGGAAGAGAACGUGAAGUAUGGCUACCCCGAGGCCACAGCUGCGGAGUUACUCGAAGCAGCGGAGGCGGCGCACAUGGACUACGUCUUAUCUGGUGCGGUGAAGUGGAGUGAUCGCAUGGGCCUUCGCGGGGAAAAGCUCUCGGGUGGACAGAAGCAGCGCUGUGCUUUGGCGAGGGCCUUGAUCCGGAAGCCCGAAGUCAUGCUCCUGGAUGAGGCGACCUCCGCUUUGGACUCCGUGUCUGAACAGGUCGUACAACGGGCCAUGCAGGAGGCAAGGUUGGGCAGGACCACCAUCACGGUGGCACACCGACUUUCCACGAUUCGGAAUUCAGACAAAGUUUUUGUGAUAUCCAACGGCCGGCUCGCCGAAUCGGGCACUUACGAUGAGCUCAUCGAACGCGACGGCAACUUUGCCAAGCUGGCUGCUGGAAGCCUAUGA